CUGUGUGGAGGCCUUAUCUUCGGCUGGCGAUCGGUGUACCCUUCAUAGGAGCCAUAAUAUAUUCAAUGAUGACCGGCGAAGUGACGGAUCUCGACUCUCCGUCCAUCGUGGAGCUCGAUGAAACCCUAAAGAAACAGUCGACAAUUGGCGAGAACUCGCCUAUGCGUCUGCGAAUGGAGAAAUUGAUCAAAGAACAUCAGCAGAAGAUUGUGAACGAACUCAGCAGAAUAGACGGGAAGAUGUUCAAGACCGAUACGUGGACACGUCCUAAUGGCGGAGGCGGUAUUUCAUGUGUCUUGCAGGACGGAAAUGUCUUUGAGAAGGCCGGAGUCAAUGUUUCCAUCGUCUAUGGUGAAUUACCUCGCCCCGCCAUUGAGAAAAUGCGAGCGGAUCACAAGUCGUUUGUCGGCGCGGACGUUGACUCUCUGAGUUUCUUUGCUGCUGGCCUCUCACUGGUCCUGCACCCCCACAACCCCAUGGCUCCGACAGUGCACCUGAACUACAGAUAUUUCGAGACCUCAGACCCAAAGGACCCUAUCCACGGAGAGAAAAACUGGUGGUUUGGCGGCGGCACGGAUUUGACUCCGUCAUACCUCUUCCCUGAAGAUGUUAAGCACUUCCAUCAGACCAUCAAGGACGCCUGCGAUAGACAUGAUGCGACAUACUACCCCAAAUUCAAAGCAUGGUGUGACAAGUACUUCCACUUGCCUCAUCGCGGCGAGGCUCGUGGUGUUGGCGGUAUCUUCUUUGAUGACCUUGACGCCAGUUUCCUAGAAUCCUCUUCUACUUCUUCCCAGAACCCUCAAGAGACUAUCUUCUCAUUCGUUUCCGAUGCUCUCGCAUCAUUCCUACCCUCCUACGUCCCCAUUAUCGAAAAGCGCAAGGACAUGCCUUUCACACCUGCCCAGAAGGAAUGGCAACAGCUUCGGCGUGGCCGCUAUGUCGAAUUCAAUCUUGUCUAUGACCGCGGAACAAGCUUCGGUUUACGCACACCCAACGCUCGUGUCGAAAGUAUCUUGAUGAGCUUGCCUCGCACUGCAUCAUGGGCAUAUAUGGACCCGGUAUCCGGAACGCGUACCGAAGGUCCCAUGUCGGAAGAGGAAGAACUUCUGACUCAAGAUAAGGCAGCGGAAAAAGAGAUGAUGGAGGUUCUGAGACAUCCCAGGCAAUGGGUUUGAUACACUGAGUUGCAGUCUACUGACUCGCCCGGCAUGAUUCUGUACAAGAUAAAAGAUGUAUACUUUUUGCUCUCUGUCUGUAAUAUACACCACGGCUCAGGCGCUCGAAUUAUAGGGGUCACAUGGCCGUGAUCUCAUUUGUUGAGAUACGGCUCUGAGAUAUUAAUAUUUAACUGGGGACUGGGGUAUCAAGCAAUAGCAUGUGCGCGUGUCUAACACUGUGUCUCUAUAUAGUCUUGGCUUAACAAAGGAAAUAAGGAAAGUGAUGGAAUAAAAGAGCAAGCGAAAGACAAUGAAGAAAACAAACCCCCUUAACUUACAAAGCGAUCCUAGCGACCUGCUACCAGACUUCUUUG